CUUCUUUAUUCUCGAACUGCACUAUUUAACAAAACAUUAGCUGCUUAGCCCAGUUAAAUGCUUUAAUUUUGUUUUGUGUUUAAAGAUACGUUAAGAAAACUCAUUUAAGUUAGAAGUGUAUUCUUGGUUAAAAUUUGUUAAAGAGUAUUCAGCUCGAAACUGCGUGGAUUUCCAUAAUUUCCAGUUCAAAGCAACAAUAAUUCAAGAUUACUCAAUACUAAGAACCAUACACUUUCAAAAGAGCCUGUACAACUGGUUGGUGUUUAACACUGAAUAUGAAAUCCUGAAACCGUUAUUUUCAAGUCCAUUGAAGUCAUCACAAGAAUGUCUUUAUUUUGCAUUGGAGUUACUUGAUGUAAAAAUGCUAUGCCAUAUUUUACUUCUAGUCUUAAGCAUGAAUAGUCUAGAAGCCUUUUUCAAAAGUUAUUCUACAACAAAUAUAUUUCCAUUCAAAUGGCGACGUACUAUUACCUCAGAUGUAUCAUGCACACAAAGUCCUAUACAGUACAAUGUCACAUUAAAAGGUGGCAUUGAAGCUGGUUACUUUCGUAAACUUGCAGAGCAUGUAGCUAUGCAACUCUGUGUUGAGCUAUGUUGUGAAGAAAAAGGUUGCGAUGUUGCAUUUAUGUCAGGAAAGAACUGUUAUGGUGUCCAAUGUUUUAAUGAAGAAAUGUGCAAAGGACUUCCUGCAAAAAAACAACUUUCUGAAGAGUUAAUGAUGGCCCAUGUUACAUUUAAAGGAGAAAGUGUUGUUUCUACAGAGCAAUUCACAGAAAAACUUCAAUGUUUAGCAACUAAAAUAAACACUGGUGUAACUCUUCGAGGAGGUUUAAAUGCUGGUAAUUAUACAGAUGUUGGAACUGUGCUUGACAUGUCUAUGUGUGUUAAAUUGUGCUGUGUUUCUGAAAAAUGUGAUGUUGCAUUAAUGAUUAAUCAAAGCUGCUUUAUUGUGACAUGUUAUUCUAAAAAAAAGUGUGAAAUGGUAAAGUCUUUUACAAAUAUUUACAGACCAACCCUUGCAUAUGUAAAGCGCAAGAGGGAACCUCGCAAAAGUGAAGCAUCUUUGAAAAUGUUACAAAACCAUAACAAUCAGCUUGUUUGUAAGAAUGGUCAAGUUUUUUACAAUACAACUCUUAAAGGUGGUUAUCAAGCUGGUAAUUAUACUAAUUUUGGAAAAGUUUCUAACAUGAGCAUAUGUGUACGUAUGUGCUGUGGUAAUAGAGACUGUGAUGCAGCCUUUAUGCUUGAAAAUAAUUGCUUUGCUGUUGCUUGUCGAAAUGCUGAUAACUGUUCACCAGUUCACGCAAAAGCUUCUAGUUCUUUAGCUGCUUUGAACCCAAGAUUAUCAUAUAUAACAAGUCGCAGCGAAGAAGUGUUUAUUCGUGAUCAAAUAACUCCUGAUGGAACGUGCCAUGCAGGAAUUAUAUCAUACGACGUAAGUUUAAAAGGUGGAUCUGCUGCCGGUAACUUUACGCCUCACGGAAAUAUUGGUAGCAUGGAGAAAUGCAUAUACAAAUGUUGUCAGUCGGAAGGAUGUAGCGUUGCUAUGAUGUUAAGAGACACUUGUUUCACCGUUGUGUGUGCACGAGAUGAAUUGUGCGAAAAAAAGCAAACCCCUACCUCAAGCAAUUUUAAUCCUAAAAUAGCGUAUGUGUUUAAGAAUAAAAUAAGAAGACCUACAUUUUCUCCGGUAAAAGAACCACAUUACAAUCAUAAAAAAAAGUCUCCAAAAAAAACUUUGCUUGCAGAACAACUUUAUGCGCUUACCAACUCGCCAACUUCGUUCAUUUCUCAAUUGGAAGCAUUUCCUGUCACUACAUCAUCAGCAUAUCACUCUACAAUGACAUCUUUGCACUCUACUACAAAGAAAUCAACACUUACCUCCAAAACACCUAAAAUCAAGAUCUCUAUUCCUCACCACGAUAAUGAAUCACUUUCAAAUGCAAUUUAUAAAUCCUCGUCAAACGAUUUGAUUAAAAAUUUUGAACCGCCGGAUGACAGCUUUUUAAAUUUCUUUUUAGAGCGUGAACAAAAUGUCAACAAUCAAACUUCUUCGUUUAAUGAAACGUUAAAUUUAAAAUGUGACCGAGAUUGUAUAAAUAAUGAAGCCGACUUUCAAUAUUCAAAACCUCGUCUCGAAGGCGUUAUAAAUGUAACGAAAUCGUUUAAGAAAACAUCUAAAAACGCUUACGAAACUAAUGCGGACAGCGUUAAUGAUACAUUAUCAUCGGUUACAUCAAUUCGCGCUAGUUUAAAAAAAAACGUUACUUUAGUUGAGGACGAUCCCAAUUGCAAAUCUAGUGAAGUUUUUUAUAAUGUCACUUUACGUGGAGGGCUGCGAUCAGGGAAGUUUAAAGACAGAGGCGAAAUGGAAGAUAUUAGACAAUGCGUUAAAAUUUGCUGUCUUCUUGAAAACUGCGAUCUCGCAUUUAUGCUUUCUAAGACAUGUUUUACUGUUGAUUGUAUCGACGAUAGUUUAUGCGACGCUGUGCCAGCUCGCUCAACAAUAUACUCGCCUUCUAUAUGUUAUGUUUAUGUCAAAAAUACUCCUAAUACGGAAACUUAAAAAUAGAAUAUGCAAUCUUUUCAUGAUAACUAACUAAAAAUCAAAUAUGUAAAUAGAAAAAUAAUUUUGUAAGUUUAAUCAA